AUGUCAUGCCCAGAUGAACUGGCUCUCCUGGCAGAUGAUGACCUGCUUGACUUCCUCCUGAAGGAAGGUUGUUUUAUGCCUGAAAUCCCCGUGGGGGACAAUGAUCUGCUGGAAGACUGGGGGCUGCCGGAGCCUGAGCCUCUGGACAAGGAUAUGGAUGAUUUCAUCACGUCCAUGCUGAAUCCCUUUCAAGAUAGGGCAGGCAUGCUGCAGGAUUAUCUACUGGCCGAUAGUAACAACGCCGUUCCUGAGGAUCAACUUCAGUUGCAGAGUUUUGGCAGCGACUUUCCUGGCAGCGACUUUACCAGUGACGCCCAGAGCUCAGAAGUCGUGCAGUCUGAUCACAACUAUUCCCUCCACUGGGAUUGGUCUGUGCUGCAAAGCAUAGCAUCUGACCUGGCAGGGAUAGACAUGGCAGAGGAGGAUAUAUCCAUUGAUGUUGACACCUGGGAGGGAGUCGAAGGCACAAGCGAGGCCCUGCUACAGACCUUUGGUUUCCCCAUUCCAGCUCCUGUGGAUGCCAUAGCCCAGGUUGAGCCUGCUGCCACUAUGCAGGCAAACUUCCCAGAGCUGGUCCUGACCGAGGAGCAGAAGCAGCACCUGAUGAACGAAGGUUUUUCUUAUCUGCCACUGGCCCAAGCUAAAGACCAGCUUCUGACGAAGGUACGUCGGAAGGUCCGGAACAGGCAGUCAACCCAGAAUAUUUAUCGCAGGAAGAAGAGCAACAUGGAUCGCCUGGAAAACAAGGUGGCAGCCUGCAUGGCUCAGAACCAGAGGCUGGAGAAGAAGGUGCGGGUGCUGCAGAAGCAGAACAGGUCACUGUUCAAGCAGUUUCGGAAGCUGCAGACCUUUGUGAACCAGUCCUCUGCCAGGACUGCCAUGGUACAAACCUACAUGACGGUGAUUCUGUCCUUCAGUGUCUUUUUCUCGCCCAACGCCUGCUUGGUUGAAUUCAUCAAGUCGGAGCUGGAUCUUGAAGCCCUGUUGCAGAGGCCUGCCUUGGGAUACGAGAGGAGGCAGGAUGGUGGGAGGCUGGGGAUGACAGGCCCAGAGCCUGAGGACCCCUCACUUGGGUUUGAUAGCCUCAGUCAAUGAUGGGAAGAGGGCUAUGGUAUACACAACCCCAAUCCCAAAUCUUCUUUCAACAGCAAUUCAUCAUCUGAUGCUUCGGCAGCAGCUGGCUUCGAGCUGGUUGCCUUUGAACCUCAGGAACAGCACUCCCAGGGCAGCCCUUUGCAGGCAGGGGUCCUUGUGUUGUGGAAGGGCAAGAGGCAGGAGCGGACCGAUCAUGCUGCCCCAGAGUGGUCAUCCAGCAGCACCAUGCAGAUGUGA